UUUUGUAAUGUUUCCACCCUUUAUAACUCGAUGCAUAUAGUAUAUAUAUCCAAAUACAUUUGUUGUACACGCUUUUAUUAGUUUUACUUUUAAAAGAAGGUAUUUGCAGUUAUAAAUAUUUUGUGCCAGUGAAGUAAUGGUUGAAAAACCUCUAUACAUGUGUCAAUGUUAUAUUUUAGACUAAAUAUUUUCUCUUUUAAAAAUAUAGAAAACAGUUUUUUUAGUCUACAAGCAAAUAUUGUAGAGCAAGUAUGCAUUAUACAAAAUAAUCAAUACUAUUAAAACAGGAACAUGCCCCAUUGAUAAUAGUUGAGUCCAAUUAAAAAUCAUAUACAUCAUCUAAAUAUAACUACAAAUAUAACUAUAAAAUAUAAUUGCUAACUUUUACGUUUGUGUACAUGUGGAACCAAGCCCAACUGACGCUUUUAAAUUUGAAGGAUCCACAUCUAUAUAAAACAUAACUGCAUUUACAUCUAUAUCUCCGUAACUACUUUCUUAUUGGUCAAGACAAAUUUUGUAACUUCAUGUCCAAAAUUAUCGGUGGCCACUUCAUUCUAAUUUUUAUAUUGUCCCACAGUUAUAUAUUAUAUAACAAUUAUUCUUUCCUUUUGGGUUUUACCAACAUUACAUUUUCAAUAAUAUCAGCAUUUAUAUGUUCUGUCAUUUUAAAGAGUAAGUAUAUUUUAUGUUAACUUCUUUUAGAAAUUUAAUUUUUAUAAUUUUUUUUGUAAUCAUAUUUAUAUUUUUUUAAUCAUAUAUAUGUAUAAAUUUUAAUCAAAAUCUAUUAUAUUUUAUAAAAUAAUAGCAAUUUAAAAGUUAUAGAAACAUAAAAAAAAAUAAAAUAAAUGUAGAACAUACAAAUAUGAUUACAAAGAAACAUGUAUACAUACAUAUAAUUACAAAAAACCGAACAUAUAACUUUUUAGCUACUAUUAUUUUAUAAAAUAGAUUUUGAUUAAGAUUUAUACAUAUGAUUACAAAAAAAAACACAAAUAUAACUACAAGAAGAAACACUAAUAUAAAAAUUAAAUUAAAACAAAAAAUGUACCCGCCCUUUCAAAGGGCGGGUGAAAAUCUAGUAUAUAUUUAAAAUCCAUACGCAAAAACAUAAAAGUUGUUAUAUGCCUCUUUCUGACACAUGCACACUCCACUAUGAAUAAUAGUUAAAAAAAACAGUAUUGUCAUCAAACUUUAUCACAAAUCCACAUUUGUACAUCUAUAAUUAUGAGUUCGACAAUUAGUUAAUUUGAUACAAUACCAAAGUAAGAAUAAUCGAAAAACAACUAUACCACCGCAUACUAAUAAGUAACACAUAACAGAUAACCAAAUUCCUAAAUCUUAAAACAAAUUUCAACUCGAGCAUUUAGUGAAUAUCAAAUUAACUAAUAUCCCGCCCGUAGGGCGGGCCAACCCUAGUUAAAAGAAAAAAGAUUACACGUUAUCAAAACUCUUCAUCUGUGUCCUAAUCUUCUGUUACAAAAAGUAAUACUUAUGCGUCUUAAAUUGUUUGAGUAUAUACCCUUUAUAAUCUGAUGAAAUGAUUUACAUUUUAAAUAGUUUUCUAAUAAUUAAUGUGUGUAUAUUUUAUCCUGAAUCAAGUUGUGCUUAGUAUAAACUCUUUAUAAUGUGAUGAAGUCAAGUCCACUAUUAUCAUUUUUAAGGACUUUGCUUUGGUGAGUGUAUAAGGACUGGGUCGUGGAUAGAGAUAGUCGUCCACAUUCCAAAGAAAAUUAGUUUUCAUACACACAGAAGUUAUGUGUUUAUUAUUUUAAAUUACUAUUUCGUUGAGUAUUUCGUAUAUUCUUAGUCUAAGAAACCUUAAGGAAACUUCAUAAAUGAAGAGAGUGAAAUGAUUGAAGGAAUAUACUUCAUAUAUAUAUUGCAUGAGCUGAUGAUACAUUACACACAUCUGUAUAUCGAGAAAAAAAAAAAAAAAAGAAAAACUUAAAAUACAAUAUUAGUCUUAAACAUUGGUUUUAAUCUUGUUUGGAAUUAGCAUUUCAGCCCAUAGAUCAAUUAACAAGUACUGAUCCAGAAGGCUCAGUAUAAUAUUGGCCCAAUAAGUUGUUAUUUGUUUUCUGUUUGACCGUUGCAUAUUUCCCGCCGAUUUUCUGAAGGCAGACAAAAUUACUAAAAACAGAUCUCUUCAACAACAAGAAAACAAAAACAAUAAACAAAACUCGCUUUGAACUUUCGUUAUUGUUUCAUUUUUUCAAAUAUAAAUCUCUAUUCAUCAUCCAUAACCCUAAUCAUUCCAGACCUAAUAAAAGAUGAUGAAGCAAUUCACCGGACUUAUCUUUCUCUGCAUCAUUUCUUUCUUCUCCAUCGGUGGAAAUGCUGAUUCCAGUUUAAUUUCCGAUCUGUGCAAACAUUGUGACGACCCAAAACUCUGCCUCUCUACCAUAAAGUCGCGCCCUGAGUCCGGUGAAUUUGCAGCCACCAGCAACCAAAUUGAGAUUAUAGCUAUCUCCGUUGCAUCGUCAGACGCAUCUGCUACUUCUGCUUACAUCAAGGAAAAUCUGAGCCACGAGGAUUUGGAGCCAGCAACGGAGGCCACAUUUGAAGACUGCCAGAAAAACUACCAAGAUGCUGUGGAGCAGCUCGACGACUCAAUAUCCGCCAUGCUCGCUGACGCACAUGCUGACGUUGAUGUCUGGCUGCAUGCGGCGAUAAGCGCCAUAGAGUCAUGUGCUACCGAGUUAGAGUCACGCGGAGGAAAUGAUGCAGAGCUUUCAAAGAGAAACGAGGUGUUUCUAAAGUUGUGCAAAAACGCUUUGGUGAUAAACAAGAUGUUAUCCUGAGAAUGUUAAUCCCUAAAACUCGAAUAUUAUUUAUUUUAUUUGGUUUAAUUAAGAUGAAAGUGGUUCGGUCUGGUUUAUUAACAACGGUCCUUGCCUUCAAUAUAAAACUAGAUUUUAACUCGCACAUCCGUGCAGAUAUUUUAUUUUAUUUUAUAAAUGUAUUUUAUAUUAUUAAAAUGUUUUAAAUAUAUAAUUUCUAUUUUAGUAUUCUAUAUUGUGUAACUAUAUAAUAUUAUUGUUUAUAUUUAUUAUCCGGAUUAAUAUAUAGUGAUUUGUUUAAUACAUUUUAUUUUGUUAUUAAUUUUUAUUACUUACUAAUAUAUUUUCGAGUUAGGUACAAUAAAAUAAAAAUAUGAAAUAAUCAAAUAGAUAGCUUCUUUCAAAAUAUGUUUUCUUUAAUUUAUACAUUUUGAUAUAAUACAUUUUUAAAAUUUAUUCUAUAGAAAACAAAUAUGUUUAAGAUAAUUUAUAUUUACAUGUUGUGUUUAAAUAAAUAUACUUUAACAUAUAUUAUUUUAGUGUUUUACGGAUUUAUAAGUUAAAACACUGUUUUGUUUAAAUAAUAUAGCCCUACUAUUUUAGUAAAUUUUAUACAUAGUAGCAUCUAUCAUAUUAUUUUAGUAAAAUUUAUUGAUAUUGGAUAUUUUUUGGAUGUUAUAACUAUUAAGUUUCCUUUUUAUUCUUAAUGAAGAUUUCAAAAUAUUAGAUUGCUUUAGUUUUUACAACAUAUAUAGUUUGUUUUUUGGUGGUGCAUUUCAAAAAGUUAUUCUUGUCAAAAAACUUUUAAAAGUUAAACUACUAUUUUUUAGUUUGAAAGAUUACAUGAAUUUUGAAUUUAUUUUUGUUACUAUGUUAAUACAUUAUUUUAUAUAAAAAUAUUUGAAUUUUGGUAAUAGUUU